GUAGAUUCGGUUCACUUUGAAUAGUCAGUCCACACCAGCCGGUACUUGGCUUCAACACUCGUUCUCCUAUCCUCCUUCUUUCCAUCACUCUCCUUUGUACAGAUUGAACACAAUAUACUGUUGCACAUGCGGGCCUAGCAGAGAACUGACAGAGAGUUUUUCUUAAGGGACUAAUUGCACCUACCUCAUUUUUGAAGCGUUUGUAAUUAUUCUUGUCAUUCGCAAAUAUUAAGACGGAUACUUUGAAGAUACUAUGGCAAAGAAAGAUCCACAUUUCGCACGACUGUUUGAAUCUACACUAGAGGAGCACAUUGAACCAGUAGCAACAAAAAUUACAGGUAACAUUCCAGAAUGGAUCAAUGGUACAAUGAUUCGAAACGGGCCAGGUCUCUUCGAUGUCGGAGAAGAUUCGUAUAAACAUUGGUUUGAUGGCCUUUCACUACUCCACCGGUUCAGUAUAGAGAACGGCCAGGUUACGUAUCAAAGUCGUUUUCUCCGAAGUGAAGCCUAUGAAAAAGCAAUGAAAUACAAACGGAUUGUUAUGUCGGAAUUCGGAACUCUCGGAAUUCCGGAUCCGUGUAAAAAUAUAUUUGAACGAUUCGCAUCACAUUUUCUUCCUUUAAACAUUACUGACAAUGACGUCAUCAAUUUUAUGAAGAUCGGUGACGAUCUGUACACUCUUACAGAAACGCAAUACAUGCGGAAGAUAAGUACAGAGGAUUUAACGUCAAGUGAAAAUAGGGUUGAUCUAUUCCGCACAUUUGCCGUCCUCACGCAAAGUUCGCACCCACAUAAAGACGUAGAUGGCUGCACGUACAACAUGGCUUCAUCGUACCUUCUUGGAUGUUACUACAAUAUUGUAAAAUUUACUCCAAAUUCAGGUCCCGAUCCGACAAAAGCAGCAGAAAUAAUAUGCAGCAUUCCAGCAACACGGUGGACUAAACCAAGUUACUACCACAGUUUCGGAAUGACAAAAAACUAUUUCAUAUUUCUUGAACAAUCACUCUAUAUUGAUGUUCCUAGACUUGCAAUGUCGACUAUGCGAAGAAAAACGGUUAGCUCUGCUUUAUUCUUUGACAAAAAUGAGCCAGUGCGGUUUCACCUUGUAAACAGAGAGGAUGGUAGUAUCGACAAAACACAGUAUGUUUCCGACGCCAUGUUUGGAAUGCACGUGAUCAAUUGCUACGAAGACGAUGGUCAUAUCAUAUUUGACAUGUGUUGCUACGAGGACGGAAACCUUAUUAGUAAAUUUUAUUUGGAUUACUUGCGGAACGGAGAUGCGCAAGGCAAAACUGAAUUCCCAUCACCACAAUUGAGAAGAUACGUUUUACCGUUGAAUGUUGGCAAGUGGACACCACAAGGUACCAAUCUAGUAACAUUAACAUGUAGCACAGCCACAGCGAAGCUGCAGAAGGAUGGACAGAUCUAUUUGGUACCAGAGUGUAUGUCGGAACUAGGUAUAGAUAUGCCAUGUAUUAAUUAUGAAAAGAACAAUGCAAGGCCAUAUCGAUAUGCGUACGGAACAACCAAUGUGCCAAAAGGAGGAUUUGUAGAUGCGAUGGCAAAAAUCGACCUCCAUACGAAGGAGUAUAGGAUAUGGCAAGAACCAAACUGUUACCCUUCCGAGCCAAUGUUUCUGCCGGCACCUGGUUCUGUUGAAGAAGAUGAUGGUGUUGUAAUGUCGUGUAUUGUCAAUUCACAACAUCGUAGCGCCUUUCUUCUUGUUUUAGAUGCGAAAACAUUUCAGGAAGUAGGUCGAGCCCAGCUUCCGAACAAUAUAGAAUGUGGAUUAACUUUCCAUGGACAUUUUGACCAACGUUCCUGAGGCUGUACAAAUCGCUAUAGUUAAUAAAAAAAACCGUCAUUUCAUCACUGCUGACAUACUUGGUGAACUCAGGGACUAUGUUGAUCUCAUCUGUACUAGAAAUGUCGUCCUCCAUGAGCGCGCAAUGGUGAAUCGUAUCACCUUGCGAUUAGCCACGCCCAUUAGUGCGUCCUGUCCUUUUGCAGCUGAAAUCUCCAUGGUAUAAUAAGGGAUAAAAUCUAUCGGUAGACUGUGCCAGUGAAUUACUUCUGGACAUCAGGACUCUUGUCGCAGCUGAGACAAUAAGUGGUAACAACUUCACAAAGUCGGUCAUCAUCUUGUCCAUAAUGAACGGAGUCACCUUGGCUUCUACUUGGAUUGGUUGUGUAUUGUGCACAUAAUUAUGGUGUGUAGUGUGAACAUGUACCAGCACGAGGAAGUGUUGUUGAUUCUCAGAUAUAUGUAUCAGGGGGCGCUACCAUUAUUGAUUGAUUAUUAGGGGGCGCUACCAUUAUUGAUUGAUUUCUCAGUAAAUAAUACUGAGAGAGAAAGGGAGAGAUAGCAAUGAAUGACACUUUAUUCGUUUGCAUUCUACAGCAUAUUCAAAAUGCUAUGGACAAUUUCCAUUAAGAUCAAUUGGAUAUGUGUUUGUAUUUAAAUAAAAUAUUGUAAAACAUAAAUUAAUGAAAAUCUCAUGCCUGUGCGAGAGAAGGAGCUAUAUGGUAGUAAAUUUUUGAUAAAAACCAGAGCAAUUAGGCUCAUCUGAUACAUGUUUAUUUGUCACGUGAUAUGCUGUCAAUAAUCUAAAAUUGUGCAAUAGUUUUAUAACCGAAUUUAAAGAGUGAAACCUUGAUAAACAUUGUAUAGAAUUUGGUCACAUGAACAAAAACUUUUUACAAUUAUGUAUUAUCUGCUGUAUAAAGCUUUGUGUUCAGCUGGUGAUUUUCUAUGUAACUAAAAUGCUUGGAUUAAAUUAAACAUAUUCAUUCAUAUUAGAUAUAGAUGAACAAUAUUAUUGGGGACACAAUAAAACAUAAUACUGUAAUAACUUAUAUAGGCCUAAUAUAUUAUAAUACUAUUUAUAAAAAUUCAUGUACAUAUAAUCAUAGCUUUAGAACAACUAAGCCUCUAUUUCAAAUAGUGUAGUUAACGUUUCCCAAAAUUUUCAACCCACCGGUUUCUUAUUGAGAAAGAUCCACGAGUCCACUUGAUAAAAUUCGGGUCUAUGCAUGUAAUUAGUCAAAUAAACACCCAGAGCUUUUUACUACAGCGCGUAGCCUAGUCAUGUGAGCUGACACUGUGGGUCAAACAACAAUGGUGUUGCCAUCAUCAACGAAUUAUUAUCGACAAAGUAAGAGUCCGUUGUUUUUGUCUUGAAGCAUUGUAUUACAAGUAUUGCCAUGUAUAAUUGCCGUCCUCCUCCUAGUCUAAUUAUAAUCUCAUUUGAUAUUGUAAGUCCUAAGAUAUUUGUAGCUUGCUGUUUUCAGUGGGAUGCAUGGUGUCAUAUAAAACUAUAUACAAAGUAACAUGCUUGAUCAUACCAAAGUAGGAAGAGUAUUGAUAAAAGUAAUGCCGGUACACCUUGAAGAGGAUUGUCAGAUAAAUCAGCUUGUUCACGACAAAGUGUCGUCAUAUUCUUAGGUCGACAAACAAAAACAUACAUAUAUCUAGAGCAGUUUUGUUUCUUACCCGGCAGACAGGAAAAAGAUAAGCAUUUGCAAUGGUUAUCCCCACUCCCCCACCUUUUUUUUUUAAAUAGAAUCAUUAAUUAAAGAGACGUAAUUUUGUGUCCACCAUAACAGCCACUUGAUGCAAGAUAGCCGAUAUAAAAUCGCCAGCUUUGCCUUUAAA